AUGCUCAGAUCGUUUACUUUAUUGGCGCUGGGUGCUUUGAGUGUUUGCUCAGCACAUUUCGUGAUCCCCAAUGAUGACCAAAAUAUGUCUGGUCUAACAGUCAACUCGAUCCCGGCCGAGAAGCGGAUCGAGUACAUGAGAAAGGCUAACGAAGCCCUCUUCCGGCAAAGCGGGCCCUGCCCCUUUGCAGCUUUUGGCACCAUAAUUGUCAACCACACCAGUGACGAGAUUGUUUGUGAAGGCGCAAAUUUCAGGACCGGAGACCCUACAAUCCAUGGAGAGAUAUCCGCCAUCAAUGCCUGCACUGCCAAGUUCACGGAGCAGGGCUUGACGCCAUCGCAAAUCUAUGCGGCAUGGGGAGACCUUUCUAUCUACACCAAUGCUGAGUCAUGUCCAAUGUGUGCAAGUGCCAUUCGAUGGGCAGGAUUUAAAGAGUACGUAUACGGCACAACAAUUCAACACAAUUACAACGUCGGUUGGGGUGUAAUGACCCUGAGUAGCUACGACGUCUUCCAGCAGUCUCGUCAACUUCCCGGUUAUCAAACUGUUAUGAUCGGACAAAUUCUGACAAACGAGACGGACCCCCUUUUCUCCUGGCAAUACAAUGCCAGCGCGCCUUGUCCGAAUGAAUGUUUCAGGGUUCCAAGCGCAACUAGAGGAGGAACGACUUGCUCUAAUGUCACUGUGUCCCGACGGGACUACGAUGCUCUGUGA